GCAAAGAAUUGAUGCCGUCAAUUGUUCAUUACGACAGUGCUGGCAAUGUCGCAAAGCGACUAAGCUAGUCUGUCCGAUCAGAUAGCCAACUAGUUUGACAUGCACGCUUAGCAUCGCCUGUCUUAACCAAAUGAUUGGUUUUCCAACAACAGUAACGUAAACUGAGGAUUUGAGGAACUGACACGUCCAUCGGACACAAAAAGGUUAUGAAUGUUUUGUCCUCUAUGCCUUUUAUCUAAAACUGGCGGAGCAGCGAGGCAAGAGAGAGCGAACCUUGUGGUUUUGCGUCAGGGGGUGCGUCACGCUACUCGCCUUCUGGGAUGCGUAAGCAGCAAACAACGGAGCUCGCUUUAUUAUGCAUUUGUUUUCCCAGAACUACCGAAUCGUCGGCGACCGGAACAGGGUCUGGGUGCGUUUGUGUAGGUUUUGGGAUUACACAUGGCUCCGAUCUCGGCUUUAUUGGUGUAAUUAUCAAGGCGGAGUACUCAAGUGAGGAAGUGGGAUGUGGCCUGCCUGUAUUUCAUGUGGCUGUCUGAAAUGUGAAAUUGAUAAAAGCAGCGCUUCGGAACGGCUGCAUGGACAUAUUUUGGAUCGCAAACAACAUCUUUCUCUGCUGCAGCUCUGUGACUUAUAUCUUACCACGACUUCGUAGACAUGUCGCGGAGUCUGUUUGGAUUCAUUCUUACAGUAUGUGAAUUAUAGCUAGGAAGCCUGAUGUACACUCCCAUACGGACGAGCCAUUGAAACAUUCGAGUCAGUUACAAUGUCGACACAACAUCGCAUGAUGGACACCUCGCUGGCACUGGAGAGACUGGAGAUCACCAGUUCCGUAGGCAACCGAGGAACGCGUCUGCCCGGAUCCGUGAUGAGGGAGAAGACCGUUCCGACCUCCGCUCACACUCACCUGAAUGGAUGUGUCCCACUGACCCAUCAGGUGGCUGGCCAUAAGUAUGGCGUAGACAAAGUAGGAAUUUUGCAGCAUCCCGACGGCACCGUCCUGAAGCAGCUCCAGCCUCCCCCGCGAGGACCCCGGGAGAUGCAGUUCUACAGCAUGGUCUAUGCAGAGGACACCAGAGACCCCUGCCUGUUGGACCUCCAGGGGUAUUUGCCUAAAUACUACGGCACUUGGUCCUCACCUGAUGCCCCCACUGAGCUGUACCUGCGUUUGGAGGAUGUGACUCGACGCUUCAGGAAGCCCUGUAUCAUGGACGUGAAGAUCGGCCAGCGCAGCUACGACCCUUUCGCCUCGCAGGAGAAGCGGCAGCAGCAGAUCCGCAAGUACCCCCUCAUGGAGGAGAUCGGCUUCCUGGUGUUGGGCAUGCGGGUGUACAAACUGGACUCGGACACCUUUGACACAUAUGACCAGCACUUUGGUCGAGGUCUUGAUCAGGACACUAUUAAAGAUGGCCUCUCCAAGUUCUUCCACAAUGGCGAGCGCCUGCGUAAGGACGCAAUGGCCGCCAGUGUGCUGAAGGUGCAGCAGAUCCUGCGCUGGUUCGAGGAGCAGAGCCGCUUCCACUUCUACGCCAGCUCGCUCCUGGUGGUCUACGAGGGCUCACCGCCUCCCGCAGUACCCGCCACCACCACGGGGGGUGCCCACGAGCCACUCAGCCCGGGGGGCGACGGCGGCGGCGAGAGAGAGGUGUUGCUGGAGUACAACAACAACAUCGAGCAGAGCCUGUCAACCAUGUACGCCCUUCACAAGCAGGGCUGCACCCGCCCGCACCACGCUGCCACGCCCGACAACGGAGGCUGGAGGCGCCCAGCGACGGUCGCCCAGCAACCCAACGGCAACUGCAACCCCAGAGCACUGGAGAAGCUGAACCAGGAGCGAGGGGAAGGAGACGGAGAGCAGCGUGGAGGAGGAGGAAGAGGGGAGGAAGAGGAGGGCAGUGAGAGGAGGAAGAUGAGAGGGGGGAGAGCGCAGGGGCAGCCUGAAGGAGACGAUGUGGAGGUGAGGAUGAUCGACUUUGCCCAUGUGUUCCCCAGUGAGAGCCCAGACGAGGGCUACAUCUACGGCCUGAAGAACCUGCUCCGGGUCCUCCGGGAGAUGCUGGAGGAGUAGCUUCUCUCGGGUCUCGCCAUUGAGUCUCCCCUCUCAGACACACACACACCCCUCUUUGUGAAAGUCCCACCCUGUGGCCCACGUCUGUCUGUCUGUCCAGUUGGACAUGGAGGCGUGGUAGUGGCCCCCCACACAUACAGUCACCCCCAUGCCCUAAACUUCUGCACUAUCGGCACUCAAACGGAAGGCAUUUCCUUUAUUGGUCUUAUAUAUUUGUUUAGUGUGUGUGUGUGUGUGUGAGAGAGUGAUUGUUUGUUUGUUUGUUUGUUUGUUUGUUUGUUUGUUUCUGUUGAUAUAUUUGUCAGUAUCUUACUCAGGUAAAUUGAUCUAUAUUUGUGUAUCGGUCCUUUGCAAAGGUGAAUUAUUUUUCGCCAAGCUUGCAGUUUAUCUCGCUGUAAACUUUGACACUUUGCUUCCGAGUGCUCUUGUUCUAUGGUUCAUAAAAUGACAAGUACAGUUUUUAAGAAGACUUUUAUUUUAACCAGAUGUUUUUUUUUUUCUGUUCAAAGGUAGCAAUUAGGAAAGUGUAUCUUUUUUUCUUCCAUAUUUGUAUUUGCUGCCAAAUUGACCCUGUCUGCCCUAUCAGAAACCCUGUUGAUGGUGAAAACUUAAACAUUUUACCUUGUGAUUUUUUUUGUUUUUUUUACUAUAAUUAUUUUAAGUACUUAUCAUUUGUACAUACCAUUUAUGGACAGCUAACCUGUUUUGUGUAACCCAUACCCAACAUAAUAUGCAGCUUUGAUGAUUAUGAAGAUGAAUUAGAGAGCAUAAGGAAACUUGGUUUAAAGAAUUGCAAUCUAGAAUGUUCCUCUUGUUGAUUCAGAGGCACUGCCAAAGGGGUUUAGUGUGGUUGACGUGUAUGCAACAGAAUGUUAUUGAUUUUGGGCACCCUUCAUGCAAUCAACUGUUCAUUUACUUGUAGCGCUGCCCAAAACUCUUUGUCAUUGGUGAGGAUUAUUAUUCCUAACAAGUUUGACAGUGCACCUUUUUGUUCUGAGAGAAGAGCCGUAAAGCUUUACUUACGUAAGCUUACAGCAUUUCUCAAGCAAUUUUUUAUUUUUUUUUGCCUUGAGAUGUAACAAGUAAAAAAAAAAAAAAAGGCUGACCAUGCAUACAUACCACUUAAAUGUUUUUAAAUGCAGGAAGUGACCAGAAGGAAAGCUGGAGGUGAAACAAGAAUGCCAUGAUACCCCACAUACAGUAAAUCUUAACUAACUGUAGAAAUUUAAAUGUAAUGUAACGCAUAUGCAUGGAAGACAGGAAUGGCUAUUUAAGUCUAGGUUUUGUUUGAAAUGAAAUGCUCGUAUGUGGUCAAGCAACAUGACAAAUUGAUUUCAGAUAUAAAAUAUAUCUUUAAGAUCAUUAUAUCCAGUGUUGCUGUUUUCAGAGCAGUGUAUCACUGCAGUUAUUCAUUUUCAGUUGAUUUUAUUUUGUAAUUAUUUUGUGCUUUUUUUGCUUUUUUUUAAAGAUGUAGGCUUCUGUUGCUGUUAAAGUGUUAAUCCUAAUCAUGAUAGCAUCUCAUACAGUUUAAACUCAUUAUUACGAUUCAUACUGAUGUCAUUUCGAACCUACAUUUCUGUUACUAGUGUGAUUGCUUACACAAUACUUACACAAUCACACUAGUUUUAUUUAUUUUAAUCUUCCUUAUUCCACACAUUUUUUGGCGCCGCUGCUUCUGCUCCUAGCGCUUUGGAGAUUUUGGCACCACUUCAACUCUGACACGUCUGUCAUGAUCUCGUGUAGUGAUCUUGUAAAAGUGUUAUUGUCGUUUUUCAUCCCUAUUUUUUCCCCCCAUUGAAAUGGAUGGUGGAACUUUUGCCUAUUGUGACGUUACUCGCUCUGCCAGCUGUUGGCUACAGUAGAUGGUAGCUGCCAUAGCGAGUGAACCACGAUUUCAACCCUUAAGUUUACAUAUCUGGCUGUUAUCAGUGGUUUUCCAGUAUGUGACAUACUAAGGUAAUACGGUACUGGUGGUACAGUGGAUAGCUUCCCUGCUCUCCAAGCAGUAUACACAGGUUUGAGUCUGCUCAAUACCUGACCUUUACCUUUUUAUUUGGACAGAUUGUAUAUGUUCCAGGGCGAGCAGGAAACGGAGCCAUCCAAACAUAUGCUGCUCACCUGCUGUGAAUAAUCAAAAAAAUAAAGAUGCCAUCACCAGUGCAGAUUAAUAACAGUCCAUAUUUUAGUUGAUGCUCUGCUCGUGUUAAAUCAAAGUGACAUGGUAACUUUAAUAUCUACGAUAACCAAGUUAACCACUCAACUAGCUCCAGCCAACAACUAAUGGGGUAACAUAACUUGUCCGAUGACAACAUAGGGCAGCAUGUUAAUGUUUACAGCCUACAUUGCGCAUUGUAACAUUUUAACCCACUUCAUGGAUACUCAUCUGCUGUAUUCUUUUUUUUUUUAUAGAUAAAUGGAGAAACCCCCAACACUGUUGAUUAUUUACAGCCUACAUUCCAGCUGAUGUUGUGCCUGUGUAACAUUAAACUCAAAGUGACGAGGUAACGCCUGCGAGAACAGUGCCCAUUCAUUGCCUGUAGUUGAUUUGUCUACCAUGUGAUGCUGGAGUGGGCACUCCAAGGAGAGCGCCCACCUUCGAUAACGACUAAAGGCACUGAAUGGGUUGCUACAUCAGAGGCCGGAAGAACAGAAAGUUAAAACACUGACUUUACUAACAGUCGUUUUCUACAGUUUCUUUGAGUUAUUUAGGUAAACAGACACAGAUGUAUCUCUAUAGGGAUCCUUGCCAUGUUGUCACACCCGUAUAUUAACAUUUUCGAGCCCGUCAGUGGCUAUAACAAGUGGUGUACUUUGCCGUGCAUGCUUGCUCCAAAGGAUUCCAUUGUAUAGCUGUUUUGCGGUUGCCAGUUUUAGCGUUCUAACUCAAUCCUGGAGUGAUGUCGAUCAUCUUUUUCACUAAUAAGAAUUUGGACCCAAAAAGAUCUAAAAAUAUGGGCCCAGGUUGAAAAAUCACAAAGUUUUCCUUUAGGUUUACUCUGUGUAUUAGCCCACCAUAUUGGCUGAUUGCUACCCAGCUACAGGUAGUGUUAGGGCUGUAUAAUCUGUCAUCUGUUGGGCAAGGCUUAGCGAACCUCUGCUGCUGUUGAGCACUCACUCUUCACGUUUUCUUGGGGAAUUGCAUCUCUAGUUGGUAUCAUUUUUCUCUGCCUGGUUUUAAAAGUUUGAUUUGCAUUUUUGUUCUUCUGCAAUGGGUGCAAGUGAAUGUCAAUAUCUCGGAACAUCUCAAACCCCUAUUUUGGUGUGAAUGCAAAAGAUCAUUUUGAUCUGAACUAAAAUCAUUUCCAGUAUUUUUUUUUAUUAUUUUCUUUUAAAGAUUUUACUGUUGGUGUUUAUCUUGGUUUACUGUUUUCUGUUGCCAGUAUAUGCACCUAGGGUCACCUCACUGUUAUUUGUGUCAUUAGAAGCAUCAUUUUUGUUGGUAACAUUCCUGUUUGUGUGCCCUUGUUGAAAAGCAACAUAAUGAAAACUUUAAAAAGCAUCUUGCAAAAAAAAUAGUUUAGAAAUCCUGUGCCCUUCGGGGCAUCUUACAAACUGCCUUGGUGCCUUUAGAAUAGUACAAAGUUCUUUCUACAGCUCCUUGAAACAAAUGUCACAAUAUAAAGACUACAGAAGGCAGUUGCAAUAAGGGGUUACAGUAUGCAAGGACUAAACAUAAGCAAGCCCUGGUAUACUGCAGCUUAACUCAAGUUGAAAACUUGCUUUUUAUCUGACAGCACUUUAUUGAAAAAGGCCUUGACAUCAGAGUAACACUAAUAAUUAUAAAUCGGCACCACUUGCCAGGCUGACGGGUUUUGGAUUUAGAUGGGAGGUUUUGCUGUCAGACUGCACAGAAUUUGAAUGCGUUUUGAUUGCCAAACUACCUGAUAUAAUUCUGACCAGAGGUGCAUUUCCAUCCAGAGCAUCAUUGUGCGACCAUGGCAACAGAGGCCGUGUCCUAAAUGAUUGUCUCGCUAUUCUUUAAUGACAGCUUUGGAAAAUGCACCCCUGGAUACAAAGUGGUGGGUAUCUCUUGCCGAUUUUCUUAGAGUUUUGUUCGUCUAUUUGUUACAGUGAUCAUGAUGAACCUUAUCAGACCAUUUAGUGUCACCAACUAUUUUGUUGGAUCGGGUUAGCAGUUAAAUACAGUAAUAAAACUGAUAGAGGACGGUUGAUCUUGCAGAAGAGGAUUGCGUACCUGGAUGUCGCUGUGAAGUUGUUUUCCUAUCUUAAUUGAUGCUCAUGUUGGACUCUUGCCAUGUCAUAUUGGAUGAUAGGGGUUCUUCAGAUAAAGGUUUUAUCUUUCCCUCUUGUGUUUCCUUCUAUAGCAAAUCUCAGUUAACAGAAGUAUCUUGUUUACAUUCCAAUUAUAUUUUGCUGGCUAAUAGUACUCAUGUAUCUUCUGUGUAGUUGCCAGUUGUAAUCCUAUGUAUUUGGGUUGGUCAUGCACUGAGUCUGGUUAAAACCCCAUGUUGAAAUCUUCCCUUUUUUACUGUGAAUGAACCCAUUGCUUGUGAACACCGUGAACUUCAAAAUGAGCUGAGUGAUUUAGCAUUUUCUUCUUGUUGUGCAUCUAGCCUUGUCAUGUACCAUGUUGAUGUGUACAACUUUAACAAGGAAAGUCCAGGAAAGAAGGUGUCACUUGUGGUUGUCGCAGAUGUAGGAAAACACCUUAAAAUGGAAGCAGGUUAUCAUUUCCAUUUUCAGUAGCACAUUAGACAUUAGCGACCUCUUUCAAUGGCCUCUUGGAGUUCAAAGGAAAAAAAAUGCUGCAAUGACGUUUUAGCUGGACUGGAUCAAUUCGCCCAUGGAGUUACACAAGGGUCAUCACAAAUAUAACAAGUGUUUUUACUACUAAAUUCCAACUGCACUCAAAUUAAAUGUUGUAGGGAAAAUGGCUGAUGAAGUCCACGCUAAAGUCAUUGCACUCACACCAUUAGAAACUGUGCCAGUCUCUGCUAUUGCAUUCUCAGAUUUUAUUUUUGGAAGUUUCAAUGAAUUAUUUGUACACUGGAUUUUACAAUGAACAGUCAGAUUCUCAACCAAUCAUGGCAGCAUAGCUAAUUGUGUGGGUAAAAACUAAACCAAAAAAAAUAAAUGAAAAGCCAGACUUUGCAGCACAAGUUACAGAUGGAGUGAGGUAUUAGUUUUAACAAGCAACAUACCUUUGACCUUUGACCCCGGGCCUUGAGUCUCAAACAUUCUUGUGGCACAAAGGAUCGUCCUAACCUGACAGCUCUGUUGCAUGACUGGACUAUGAUGACCUGAUUGACUAAGCAAGUUGAGAAUCCAGGCCCUUAGUUCUCAAGUCAAAGGGGUUGUGGCAUGUAUGUGGUCGUGCUCCUGAACAUGCAAACCAAUCAUCUGUGCUUUGAGUUGGUUAUUUGUGUUGCUCUUUCUCUAACCUCUGUUGUGCAUCUCACAUCUGGUGAUGUUUCUCUGCUCCUAGAUAGUACAUCAUAGGCAGGGCCGUGAGGGUGGAGGAUCUUUUUCUGUGUGUCUGCUGUUGUUCCCUCCUUGCAAGUACAUUGCAAAUAAACUAAUCAUCACUUUUUUUUUUGUAAAUGAAUUAUUGUAUCAUGUUCAAAUGUACUAUUUAGAUGGAUAUAAUAAUGGACGAAAUAAUACAUGUAUAUUUGGCAAAUUAUAAUUACUAAUAAAAAUAAAUUCCUAAUGAC